CGAACAGGUACGUAGUGUUUCAAAUGUUGAAGCCGUGAUUUACGUUUCAAGUAAUGUCCAUACGUCUGUCAUGUAUCGGACACUGUCAAUGUUUGAUGGCCGUGGUUGGAACAUUUGCUAUUUCCAUACGGUUGUGAUGUAUCGAGCACUGACAAUAUUUGAUUGCAGUAUUUGGAAUGAUUUGCAACACAACAUUACAACAGAAAAUGUAUCUUUGUGCUCAACCUAAUAGUUUAAUAUAUGCUAAAAAAUCUAAACUUAACAAAUUAAUGGGCAAUUUUUUUCUCAGAUUUAUUAGACCUUAUCUAAGUUUACGUCUUCAUUUCUCAUACAGUGUAUUUCAUGCUGGGUGAGUAUCAGUUAUCACACCUGAAGCCCCUUUUGUGGCACAGUCAAUCUUAUUAAGUGUCUCCAUUAGCCUUCCGGGACUUUCUUUGCUUCCUCUUUUAGCUGAAAGCGACUACACGUUAGGUAUUUAAACUAUAUGCAGUGUGAGGCGUAUGAUCUGUCCAGCAAACAGUAUUUUGUCAAAACACUUUUUCCCCCGUUUCACCUUAGCACAUCCAAAUAAUUUUUGCAGUGUUACGUAUUGCAGGAACAAUAAUUUUAGCACAAUACGUCUUUAAUGCAGUCUGAAAAUAUGAAAGUCAAAGGACUAAUGAUAUUAUGUAUCUUUUCCCUUUUUUGUGAAAAUAAUUAAGUUAAGAAACGUAUACUUUUCCCUGGAUCGUUUCAAAGAAAUUACAAAUUAAUUUUACACCCGUUUUGAAAGGGAGAGAACUUAGAACAUUCUGAGACUUAUCUGGAAUUAAUGCGGGCAAAUUUCGUUUGUCAAAAUACCAGAAAAACAGCACGAAGGUAAAAGACUAAUUAUGACAACUGAUCAAGCUUUUUAAAAACAUAUAAACUACCCACAACUAACUUAAAAGUGUCAAUCAAUUUCGACUGAAUUACUAAACAAAAUGGCAUAGGCGCGGCGCUCGUAAAGAUGGGCAAAAAAUUAAUAAUGAAGGUCUUACGAAAACUGAAGAUCUUAUCCAACGGUAAAGGCAGAUUCAAAUAAAAUAAAUAUAAUUUCAAGUUUAAAAAAUAUUUCUUCAGGUUUCGUGUUGAUCCGCUAACUCUUCCUUCCAGAAAUAAGUUGUCCCUGAAUGUGCGUGCACCUAUUGCUUGCCUCGUGUGUGCAGCCGUCGAACCCUUAGCCUGUUUCAAUGUUCAACGUUUAAGCCACCAAACCAAUCCGAUGAUGAUACUCGAGUGACAAGCUCACUGUUUUAGUCCAGAAACGUUUGCUAUGAUUUAAGUUUAUCUCUUUGUGUCCGUCUCACAGCUCGAAAAUGUUCAGGAGUUUAUUUUCCGUCGUCUUCCUUGCCUCCUGUGUGUCCAGCGGAGUUCUGGGCAACAAAUACCUGGCCAAGAAACAGAUUGCCUGUGGGGCGGAUGAGUUCGCGUGUAACAACCAUGCAUGCAUAGGAGGUAGGUCGUCAACUGUCAACUCUGAUUUGAUUUAGCGCCAGUGGGGUCCAAGUUUUUUGCUUGUUUGCGUGAAGGAGUUGGACUUCACUGUCAUGAAUACUGAGUCCGAAGGGAUUUUGUUAGUGAAAAGAUCAUGGACCUGAAAAAAAAAAGGGGGGGGGGGUGGAAGGUGAAUUUUGAGUCUUUUUAGAACGUAGUCAAUCGUUUUCUUUUAGUGGAGGCAUCAUAGAUUAAAUAAUAUAAAUUUAUUAAUUUUUUGCUUGUUUGCGUGAAGGAGUUGGACUUCACUGUCAUGAAAACUGAGUCCGAAGGGAUUUUGUUAGUGAAAAGAUCAUGGACCUGAAAAAAAAAAGGGGGGGGGGGUGGAAGGUGAAUGUUGAGUCUUUUUAGUACGUAGUCAAUCGUUUUCUUUUAGUGGAUGCAUCAUAGUAUAAAUAAUAUAAAUUUAUUAACUGAGCAACAAAAAUUCAUUUGAUGACAUGUAACAUUUAAGGAGAAAGGGCAUUUUCAGAGGCUGUUUUAGGGUAAGAUGUCUUUGACUUCCGGUAGCUUUUACCACAAAAAUUUAAAAAAUCAUUGGAACGAAAGAAAUCGUGUUGUUUCUAAAUUAUCUCCAACCGCAAUUUUUUUUUUCUCCAGAGAUAAAGCAAUGAACAAUUAAAUGUUUCUUUUGCCGAGUUACCUAUUCUUAGUUUAUCAAAAUCAGACUGUCAAACUGAAGCAGUUUUAAUGAAAGCCGUUGCAUUCAUCAAGCUUUGAACAUAGAAAAAAAAAUAACAACAACAAAUCUAAUCAUAAUUGUAUUUUAUUUUUAAAACCAAGAUAUCAAUUAAUGUUUUCUCUAUCGUUGCAAAUGUGUUCUGAGUAUGUUAUUCAGUCCAUCAAUAUCUGAUGCCAUUCAGCUGACCGCGUCUGUGACACGCACAGAGACUGCCCCACUGGAGAAGACGAACAACAGAACUGCCCAACCGACUGCACGGGGCCACACCAGUUCAAGUGUGACGGCACCAAGUGCUUCGGUGUCAUCGACAGGUGAGCUGUCCAGUCAGCAGAGCGCCUGGGUGGUUGGGUGGACUGAAAUUAUAAAAUAUUGUCAACAGCAUCACUUUAAAUGAAUCAGCGCAAGCAGCGCACACUUUGGAUUUGUUAAAAAUAGACUUGAUUAAAGUCGGUUAAAGAACACUCAAAGUUUAAAUGGUUUUAAUGUUUAAUACUGUAAUAUAUUGCAAAAGCAGCAUUGACUUUUUUUUUUUUACAAGCUCUAUACCAUUAUUAUAUUAUAAUCUAUUCUCUAAUAUCUUGAAAUAAUAUAAGCUUUUCUUAAGCAAUAAGAAAAUAGAAAAAGGAAGUGGUUUGUAAUUUCUGAAUAGUUUUAGAUAAAUGUAUUGUUUCGACUGCGGAAAGGGGGCAAACAUGUGAUCUGUUCAUGUGAUUUGGUAAAAAUCUAUGUUACAAUUUUUUCACUUCAAUAAUUUUUUUUUUACUCGACAGUUGUAAAUGAUUUUUAAUUUUAAAUGCAUCUCUCUAACUUUGCCAAAUUUUACAUUGAUCAGAUGUGACGGCUUCUUUGACUGUCAUGACUUCACCGAUGAAGCUGACUGCGCGGGAUUCGAGUGCACCUCCGGAAGGGUCCGCUGCGAGACGUCCCACGCCUGCAUCCUGGAGUCCUGGAAGUGCGACAACGAGAUCGACUGCGAGGACAAGUCCGACGAGAAGGGCUGCGUGUCCGGCAGCUGCUCCGCCAACCAGUGGCUCUGCGCCGACAGCUCGAGGUGCAUCCCCAAGGACUACCUCUGCGACGGCGACAACGACUGCCACACCGACCACAGUGACGAGAUCGGCUGCUCCUGCACCGCCAGCCAGUUCAAGUGCCCGACCGGACCAUGCAUCCCGGCAUCGUACACGUGUGACGGCGACAACGACUGCGGAGACUUCGCUGACGAGGCCAACUGCGUCGAGAUCCCCGACAACGUGUGCCGCGAUGUGCUCACCUACGAGGACUGCCACCGUAUGAACCAGACCACCCACCCCGUGUGCGUCAUCCACGCUGACGGACACAAAUUCUGCAGGAAAUACUGUGGCUUGUGCGCGUAAUUCUUUCACUUUCUAAAAUAAAAUAUUUAUUUGCAUAUUGUAUUUUUUUUUAAUCGUGAAUUCUUUUAGCAGUCGUAAACGCAAACCAAGCUUAAACUAUAUUUCAUUAAUCAAGAAUUACAAAUUAGUUUCAAAAAGACACUUUGUAAACACUAUUUUGUCUGCUAUAACGGCGUGUUGUCCACAUGUAAGAUGCCUUCAGAAAAUCAGGAUCUUAUUUUUGAGUAGUGAUGAUGAAAUGGAAAGUAAAGAAAAAAAAUCAGCUACCAGUUCAACAGCGAUUGAAGUUUAUUUUAAUGAUACGUGUUUUCUGCUUACACUACAUAGAUAUAAUUUUCCACGAAUGAUUGUUACGUUUAUACUAAUGUAUUGCUUUUAAUAAAUAUAAAUGUAUUCAUUUAUUUUGG